UAAUCUGUCUUGUCAAACGCUUAAAGCGCUCGGGAUCUCAUGUUGGGUGUCGUGUCGUUUUCAUUUGCGGCAUAUUGAAUGACGUGAUCUCCGUGUAUUCAGCGGAGGACAUGCGUUUACGGGCAACGCUUUGUUGAGCAAGAUCCACGGCCAGAAUAACACAACAGCCAUUAAGAGAAGACGAUCACACUGGAUUUAAUGACACUCCAUCAAAGCAUCACAUUCUGAUCAAACAAGACAUGGAUGGAUACUUGCCACCACAGUUCCAGACGCUGACAGACCAUAAGAAGUUUUGUCAAGACAAUUCACUGAUGAUGGACCAAGGCGCACCGUACAGCAUAAACAUGAAUGUUUACUUACCCGAUGUCACCUACCUGCGGACUGGCAUGUGCAGGCCUGUGAGAUCCACGGUGCCGCAGAUCAAGACAGAACCUAUGCAUUCGUCUUUCAACUACUCCGCUUGCCACGGUGCGGUUGCGCCUGCUGUGCCGCACCAAGAGUACACAAACCUCUACAGCCCGGGUGCAGAAACCGGAAACGUUUAUGUCAAGCACGAGACGUCAUCCCUCGAAUUUCCAGAUGUUCCUUUGUUUCAGCUGUUGAACUCUGAGCUCGACCCUAAUGUGCCUGGACCGCACGAUUCUCACAAUGUCGUAUGCCCGCAGAUGUCAACAUAUAACAGCGUUCAUCCACCGCCCGGUCAUAUUGCAGAGAGAUCCCUAUGUAACAUGGGAAGCAGCGGUUACCCUCUACCUGCUCAGGUGGGCCAGCAGCAUCAUCCUCAGAAGAGAGCGGCUUAUCUUCCGCCCUCCCCUCCGAAUUCAGAACCCGGCAGCCCGGAUAGGAGGAAAGAACUUAUACAGAACCUGUCUCCACCUCCGUCGUAUGCUGUGAGCAUGGCCUCAAAAAUGGCAGGUCUUACCCCGGGCCCAGGUCUUGCUCCAUCUGUGCAAACGCAAGCAGUUCCUGCUCAGUUCACCCGAAGGAACAAUCCAGAUCUUGACAAACGAAGAAUACAUCACUGUGAUGUACCAGGGUGUAAGAAAGUCUACACCAAGUCUUCACAUUUAAAGGCCCAUUUACGGACUCACACGGGCGAAAAGCCAUACAAGUGCUCGUGGGAGGGGUGUGAUUGGCGGUUCGCCCGUUCUGAUGAGCUGACGCGCCACUUCAGGAAGCACACGGGAGCCAAACCUUUCCAGUGCGCCGUAUGCAGCCGUUGCUUCUCGCGAUCGGACCACCUGGCCCUCCACAUGAAAAGACACCAGAACUAGAGCCGCCCAGUCUCGUUGUUCUGACGGUGCUGCGGGAGAGCUAUCGGGACCUCUGAUGAUGAUACUAAUUAGGAUUUGGGUGUGUCGGUUAAUCUUGGGUUUUGGCAGUUCAUCAGGUACAACAGGACCAAACCCUGCCGCCGGUACGGCUCCUGUGGUCACGAAACCAGCUAAUUGAUGAGAACAUUGCUCAUCUGCCAGUUGAGACAUUCUUUUGUUUGUCAUUCGAUUCAUUCGUCUGCAUACUUCGAGGUGAUUAUUUAUGACGCAACUACUUUAAAUGUGCCUUUUUUACCUUGUAGAUUUAAGGUGCCACAGGAAAAUAUACAAUUUAAGAUGUUGUAGGCGGUUUUUUCUGCUCUUUAAGUGAACACUGUUAGUCGUGUCACAAGGUAAAUUAUAUCGUAACAACAGUCAGCUCUUGUUUGAUUUCAUUUUAGAGUUGUCGAACCAAACCCACAUUAAUGACACGAGCCGCAAAUGCUAAGUCAGAACAAAUUAACAUUUCUCAAAAGCUGCACUUAAACGUAAACGAAGCCGCAGAAAUUCUUGCGGGAACCACAGAGUAAUUCGAAAAUCAAGUGUAGCUUCUGUAAACCAAAGAAACAGAAAGAGUGGAGAUCAGUUCGAAUUAUAAAUGGUUUGAUGGUGAUUUAAAAAUUCAGCGCCUGGUUUCACAGACAAGGCUUAAGGCUAGUCUUAGACUAAAACACAUGUUGGAGCUGUGAUCUUAAAAUGUGCCAGUGUCAUUGAUUUGUCUAAAAAUACACACCAGAAACAUCUUUUUCGAAUGGAUCUUUAUAAAUGAUGCUUAAACAUUUAAUUUAACUAAAGCCUAGUCCUGGCUUUAGCUAAGCCUCGUCUGUGAAACCAGGUCAAAGUGUUUUACAGAGCACAAUCUGAAGUUUCAUAUACUGAUACAAACUCCUGUCAGUGUCAGUUUCGGUGUUUUACCGAAAAUGCAAUAAGAGAUAAGACGAAUGCUGUAUUUUUCUGGACAGAUCAGAUAUCAUUUCCUUCCAUAGUGUAAUUGUUUGUUUACCUUACUAUGCAUUUGUUUGGGAUAAAUGAUAGCUUUAAAUGUACAUAUUCCUCCGGCGUGUAUUUAUUUUGCACAGAUUUGUUUUCUAUUUUAUAAAUGUAACUCGUGCUCACAUCAAAUGUGGCGCACGUUUGGGUUACAGGGACGCGGUUUUAGAAAUCUUUGCAGUAAUAGUGCUGUAAGUGGCUGCAUUAUUUGGAACAAUGCAGCUGCAUGUUUACAUUACUUUGUUUGGCUUACGGUGUGCGUUACAUCUGUAUGUGUGGACUCAUAAAACCUUUAAUUUUACAUU